AAUGAAAGACUUAGUAAAUCAAAAUCGUUCACAUUUGACUGCUGAAGAAUCUUUAAAAAAACUUUAUGAAUAUUCAUAGUAAAAAUUUCUAUUUAUUUAUAGUAUUCAAGAUGCAAAAUAAAGAUCCUAUCACUUGAGAUUGUAAAGAGCUCAUGCAUUUACUUUUGGUACUAUUGCAUCAAUAGCAGUAUUUUAUGUUGGAUAUGUAUGUAUUAUAAAAAUAAAUAAAGAAUUUGGUUGAAGGAGUCUGGGCUAAAUUAUCAACUACAAAUUAAAUCACUAAUUUGUUUAGAAUUGCCUAAAAUCCAGUCAGAUCAGUUUAUAGACCAGAAAUCUAUUUAAGAGAUCAAAAUGCAGAUCAAAUUUUAGCUCAAAAAACUUUAGAAUAGAAUAAUCCAUUAAAAUUAUGGCAUUGAG